GGGGGCGGGGGUGGAGAGCGGGGGAGCGGCGCGGGAGGCCCCUCCCCCUGCUCGGCUCCGGGCUGAUACCGAGAGCCGCUGGACUUUCAGCGCCCAGGAGGGAGAUGUGGCCGCCGCUCGGGCUCCUUGCAGGUUUCUAGCCAGCAUAAUGCUGGAGCAAGAGGCCGGAGGCCCGCAGUUUUCAGGAUGGCCGAGUGGGACGCCGAUUUGGAGCACAUCAUUCCGUCUUCUCUUCUUCCUCCUCUCUGGGCUAAGUUACUUGUGGGAUUUGUUUCCCUCGUGUGUUUUGCACGUAGCUACGAUGGAGACUUUGUCUUUGACGACUCUGAAGCGAUUAUUAACAAUAAGGACCUCCGAGCAGAAACGCCCCUCGGGGACCUGUGGCAUCAUGACUUCUGGGGCAAUCGGCUGAGCAGCAACACCAGUCACAAGUCCUACCGACCCCUCACCGUGCUGACUUUCAGGCUGAACUACUAUUUGUCAGGAGGCUUCCACCCCAUGAGUUUCCACGUGGUCAACAUCCUCCUGCACGGCGGCAUCUCCAUCCUCUUGGUGGACGUCUUCUCCGUGCUGUUUGGGGGCCUGCAGUACACGAGUAAGGGCCGGAGGCUAAACCUGGCCCCUAGGUCGUCCCUGCUGGCUGCCCUGCUGUUUGCUGUGCACCCGGUGCACACCGAGUGUGUUGCUGCUGUUGUCGGCUGUGCAGACCUCCUGGCUGCCCUGUUUUUUCUGUUAUCUUUCCUUGGCUACUGUAAAGCACUUAGAGAAACUAACAAGGAGGGGACGCAUUCCACGUUCUGGGUGUUGCUCAGUAUCCUUCUGGGAGCAGUGGCCAUGCUGUGCAAGGAGCAAGGGAUCACCGUGCUGGGUUUGAAUGCCGUCUUUGACAUCUUGGUGAUAGGCAAAUUAAAUGUUCUGGAAAUGGUCCGGAAGGUACUACAUAAGGACAGAUCAUUAGAGAACGCUGGCGUGCUCAGGUCUGAGGGCCUCCUCUUCAGAAUGAGUCUCCUGGCCUUGGGGGGAUCCGGGGUGCUCUACGUGCGCUGGAAGAUCAUGGGCACUGGCCCUCCGUCCUUCACCGAAGUCGACAAUCCUGCCUCCUUCGCCAGUAGCGUGCUGGUCAGGGCCAUAAACUAUAAUUACUACUAUUCCUUGAAUGCCUGGUUGCUGCUGUGCCCCUGGUGGCUGUGUUUUGAUUGGUCAAUGGGCUGCAUCCCCCUCAUUAAGUCAGUCGGGGACUGGAGGGUAAUUGCUCUGGCAGCACUCUGGUUCUGCCUAAUUGGCCUGAUAUGCCAAGCCCUGUGCUCUGAAGACAGCCACAAGAGACGGAUCCUCACGCUGGGCCUGGGAUUUCUCAUCAUCCCAUUUCUUCCUGCGAGUAACCUGUUCUUCCGAGUGGGCUUCGUGGUGGCAGAGAGGGUCCUGUACCUCCCCAGCGCUGGGUACUGCAUGCUGCUGACUUUCGGGUGUGGAGUUCUUAGUAAACAUACUAAGAAAAAGAAACUGAUUGCCGCUUUCGUCCUGGGAAUUUUAUGCAUAAACACGCUGAGAUGCGUGAUCCGCAGCGGCCAGUGGCGGAAUGAGGAACAGCUUUUCAGAAGCGCCCUGUCUGUGUGUCCUCUCAAUGCCAAGGUUCACUACAAUGUGGGCAAAAACCUGGCUGAUAACGGCAAUCAGACAGCUGCCAUUAGAUACUACCGGGAAGCUGUGAGAUUAAAUCCGAAGUACGUUCACGCCAUGAAUAAUCUGGGGAACAUCUUAAAGGAAAGGAACGAGCUCCAGGAAGCAGAGGAGCUGCUGUCUUUGGCUGUACAGAUACAGCCAGACUUCGCUGCCGCCUGGAUGAAUUUAGGCAUCGUGCAAAACAGCCUGAAACGGUUCCAGGCUGCCGAGCAAAGUUACCGGACGGCGAUCAAGCACAGGAGGAAGUACCCGGAUUGUUACUACAACCUUGGGCGUUUGUAUGCAGAUCUCAACCGUCACGUCGACGCGCUGAACGCCUGGAGGAACGCUACCGUGCUGAAGCCGGGGCACAGCCUGGCCUGGAACAAUAUGCUCAUCCUCCUUGACAACACAGGUGUGGAGAAGCGAUUCGGUAAUUUAGCCGAAGCUGAAGCUGUUGGAAGACAGGCACUGGAAUUAAUACCUAAUGACCACUCUCUGAUGUUCUCCUUGGCAAACGUGCUGGGAAAGUCCCAGAAGUACAAGGAAUCUGAAGCUUUAUUCCUCAAAGCAAUUAAAGCUCAUCCAAAUGCUGCAAGUUACCAUGGCAAUUUGGCUGUGCUUUAUCACCGUUGGGGACAGCUAGACUUGGCCAAGAAACACUAUGAGAUCUCUCUGCGGCUUGACCCAAAGGCAUCAGGAACUAAGGAGAAUUAUGAUCUUCUAAGAAGAAAGCUGGAACAAAUGCAAAAGAGAAACGUCUGAGCCUUUUUCCUUCAUUUUUUGAGUUUGUGUGUGUGUGCAUGAGGCAGAUCAUGUGCUUACGUUUAACCAUUUAAAAGUCUUACGUGUUGUUUAUUUUAUCAUUUUUUUCUAUGAAAACAAAGACAUGCAAAAAGAUCACAGCACCAGCAAUAUACUCUUGAACGCUUGAUGUGGUUUUUGCAUUGAAAUUGUAUUUUUUCAGACAACUCAAACAUAAAUUCUAAAAUUCCAAGGAUGAAGUCUUUUUUAAUUAAAAAGAAAAAAAAGAAAAAAUUUAUCUUGAGCAACUUACAGCAGAAUUAAACGUGCAUUUGGGAUGUGAGUCGUGUUGUUGUAAAGACUCAUAGUAUUAAACAUGGAUUGUGAACAAGAAGUGACAAACUGACUCCUACAAGUUAUAUAAAUAUCUAAUGUGUCUGUAUAUUAGAAUUUUUAUUUAAUGACAAGAAAGAGUAAAUUAAGAUUUUUUUUUAAUCUUUCUUUUUUCCAAACAAUGUGCUAUGAACAUCAUUUGUAAGGAAGUAUUUAUUUGUAUUUUUUUUGAAUGGGGCAAAUAAUUGAAUGAAAAAUGGAAAUUUUAGCAUCUAGUGUAUUCACACUUUUUCCGUAGGAAGAAAUUCACUCCUGCAAUAUUUUUUGGAUUCUUCAACUUGUGCUGUUUCAUAACAUAGGAAAUUAUGUAGUAUCCUACAUAAACUGUCACUAUUAAUAGAAAAUUAAAGCCAUGCUUUAGGCAAAAGUAGGCAGCCUGAUGUCUUUAUUUUUGUUACAUCCAGUAUUAAGAGGGCUACAUACCUCUAUGUAAGUUGUUUUUUUGUGUUUUUUGACUGGAAAGCAGUUUUCCAUUUAGCUUCAUGGAACCAGAGUCAUUACUAUAUCCAAAAAAUGCAAGAGGUAAAUUUUCUCCCAAAAGGAACCGCAUUUGGGGAGUUUGUGAUAUUUUUAAGAAUUGGAUUAUCUUGUUUUAUUGGGUCAGAAUAAUCAUGUUCGUUUUGUUUUAUUCUCCUAUAUAUGCUGUUGACCUAAUGAUUUAUGCAAUCUCUGUCAUAUGCAGUAAAAUUAUUACAGAAACCGGU